AGCUGCUACUUCAUUUUCUUGGCUUUCUUUUCAACACAUCUCUCUCUCUCUCUCUCUCUCUCUCUCUCUGCUUACAUCUUUUCUGCCAAAGCAACUCCCUACAAAUCCGUUGGCGAGAAACCCUUUGCUUAUUUGCUGACACUUUUACCUUCAUUUACUCACUCUUUUCUCUUUUGGGAAAGUAGUAUCCUUUUCUUUUCUCUUCUCUUCCAUAUUGCUUGCUCCAAAUGGGGAGGCACUCUUGCUGCUACAAGCAGAAGCUACGGAAAGGUCUCUGGUCGCCUGAGGAAGACGAGAAACUUUUAAGGCAUAUUACUAAGUAUGGCCAUGGCUGUUGGAGCUCUGUCCCCAAGCAAGCCGGUUUGCAAAGAUGUGGAAAGAGCUGUAGAUUAAGGUGGAUUAAUUACUUGAGACCUGAUUUAAAGAGAGGCACAUUUUCACAACAAGAAGAGAAUCUUAUAAUUGAACUUCAUGCAGUUCUGGGUAACAGGUGGUCACAAAUUGCAGCACAAUUACCAGGAAGAACCGACAAUGAAAUAAAAAAUCUAUGGAAUUCUUGUUUAAAGAAGAAACUUAGACAAAGAGGCAUUGACCCUGUUACACAUAAACCACUUUCAGAAAUUGAAAAUAAUGGACAAGACAAAAAUCCUUCGCCUACUAAGAAAACCCAAGAUAAGCCUUCCAGUGAACUCAACCUCCUUGAAGCUAGAAACUCGAAGCCAGGACUGCCAAAUUUUCAAGAAAAGAAACAAUUGGAAAGAGAAGAAGGUUCCGCUUCUGCUUCUAAUUCCAAGACUAUUAGUAGCAGCAGCAACAACAACAAUUUGGUGACGCCUAUAAGCAACAAGGACUUUUUUAUGGAUUUUCCUCUUCAGCAAUUGAAUUAUGCAUCCAAUGCUAGACUUUCAACUAACUCAAUCCCCUCUGUUUGGUUUACUCAAACCAGCAGUAAAACUUUUGAUAUGAGUUCGGAAUUUUCUUCAACCUCAAUACCCACAAUUCUUUCACCAUCAAACACAACAAGUUCAUUUCUUUCUACAUCUAUGGGUUUCAAGCCCAAUUCUGUGACUGAAGAUCCUUCAUUAGCUUCUUUUCCAAUUACUAGUAGUAAUCUACGGUUCUGGGAAACGGGUGCUCCUAGCAAUACUAGCAGUGGAAGUAGUGGAAACGCAGAGCUGCAAAGUAACAACUCUUUCUUUGAAAGCACGCUUUUUUCUUGGGGAUUAGGGGAUUGUAGCACAACAGAUAAAGGUCAAACUCAGCUGAUAACAACUCAACAAGAAGAUGUUAAGUGGCCGGAAUAUCUUCACAGUCCAUUGUUAAUGGCUGCAGCUUUACAAAAUCAAAAUUCACAAUCUUUAUACAAUGAAAUAAAAUCAGAAGCACAUUUCUUAGAGGAAAAUUCCAACGGUAUGUGGCCUCCUCCUCAUCAUAAUCAGCAGUUGCAGCAACAACAACAACAUCAACUAGCUUUUCAAAAUUCUGAUAUGUGUACGAAUAAGGAUAUCCAAAGACUUACAGCUGCAUAUGGACAUAUCUAGCAUUUUCAUUCGGCACUGGGACUCUUCUUUUGUUUAUUUACAGGUGUGUACGUGCUACAGAUUUUUCUCUUGUAAAUAGGUCUUAUACCAAGAAAAAGAAAAAAAAUCUCACUCUUUGGGUUUUUGAAUAUUUGUGAGCCAAAAAAAAAUUACUCUGUUGGUUGUGGAGGGUAGAAUUGCAGAAUAAGGAUUAUACCAGUGUAGUUCUCCUCUUUACCUCAAUUGCAUAUGCAUUAUAGUGUUGCAGUAAUUCUCUCUGUAAAAAAUCCCAGAAAGCAAAAAUGUCAUUGAUUCUUGGGAUUUUUUCCUUUCUUUCUUUCUUUCUUUCUUUCUUUAAAGUCGUUAUAACUUUUAUUGGUAUAGUAUAUGUAUAGAGAGCUAUAAGUCUAUAUAUAUCAGAACCAUUUCUGAAAAAA